AUGCCUCGCAACCUCCUCCGCCGUCACCCCGCCCCUUCCGCGCGCGAACCAGUCAACAAUACAGACCCAGAUCCAGAAACCCCACAGCUACGCUCGAGUCGAGCUCGACCCGCGCAGGCAGUCGCUCAUCAAUCAUUCCAGACACCGCCUCAGCUCCCAGCUGCCUCGUUACCGCCGCAAUUGCUUCCAUCGUCCGGCCCGACGUUAUCUCAUCCAGCCGCUGCGGCGCAAGCAGCCCUGACGUCGAUGUUUGGGCGCGGGGGCCCUUUUAGGAAUCGACGUCACGUUCAGAUGAUGGACGAGGAUGAUUUCGAGGAAGAAGAACAUGAGGCAGAGGCGGAGUAUUUGGAUGAUGAGCAGGAGGGGUCUACGCAGGGUCCCGACGUCACUUUUGAAGGGGAUGACGACGAGGAAGCACCAGACGCAGACGAGAUGAUCGGAGAUGAACUGGGAGAUGACGAAGAUCUAGAUGCUGAGGACAUUGACGAUCUAACAGGAGAUCGAGAGCGAUCGCCAUCCCCUUUACCUACAAAUCUUCGCGAAAUAUCCUCGCUGGCAUCAUGGACAGUCUCCACGCACAAACCGGGCUGCGGUGUCGCAGCGUUGCGCAACCCCUCGCCCUCGCAGUACUGGCAAUCAGACGGGCCGCAGCCUCACACUCUAACACUACAUUUCUUCAAGCUCGUUGCUGUUGUCAAAAUCAGAGUGUACCUCGACUUCGAUCUCGAUGAGAGCUAUACGCCAACGAAGAUGAUCUUUCUUGCGGGGAUGGGCGGCAACGAUCUCGUCGAGUUUGCCAUUUGGGAAGGCGAAGGGCCAUGCGGCUGGGUCGAUAUCCCACUAGAUGGGGUUGGGGGAAGAAACGGUGGCUGGGCCUCUACACAGCAGAAGCGGAGAAGAAGACGAUUAUCAGGGAAGGGUCACAGUCCUAGGAAGAAGGGUGCGGAUGAUUACUUGUUUUCAGAUUCGGAUGAUCAUGGCGAAUACCAUCAUGAUGAUACCGAUGAAGCAAUGGACGAUGAGACGACUGAUGAUGACGCCGAUGAUAAAUAUUCCGGGAACGUUCUCAAGGCGAUGGUCAUCCAGAUGCGCGUGAUGGAGAACCACCAAAACGGUAAAGAUACCCACGUCCGUGGCUUCCAGGUGUUUGCGUGCGAUGAGGACCGUCGCCGUAUUGGGACCGCUCCCUCUGCUUCGGCCAGUACCCAGGCCCGAAAACAGAGCAUCCGCAAGUCCCUCCGUGCCGGCAAGGAUGACGAUAUGCUCCAUCCAGAGGUAGAUGAGCAGGGAGAUGCAAGAACAGCUACGAACCUGGAGGAGCCAGAUUGGAUGGGCGAGCCUAUCAUCCGAUAA